GCUUUGUCGCCGUCCAGGUCCUGUGACCUGCUCGCUCUCCUAAGGGAGCGUGUCCAGGCGCCCUCCCGCAGCGCCUCCGAAAAAAGGCAGCACCGCGUCGUUGACAGCGUGGGCUCUGGACUCGCUGCCUGAUUGUUCCCCAUCUUUCUCCCUCUUCUUGGGCCUCUCUAUUCCCUGAGACACAACAAUAUUGAGAUUAGGCGAAUUAAUAACUCUGCAAUGGCCUCUAAGUGCUCAAGUGAAAGGAAGAGUCGCACGUCUCUCACUUUAAAUCAAAAACUAGAAAUGAUUAAACUCAGUGAGGAAGGUAUGUCAAAAGCCGAGAUAGGCCGAAGGCUAGGCCUCCUGCGGCAAACAGUUAGCCAAGUUGUAAAUGCAAAGGAAAAGUUCUUGAAGGAAGUUAAAAGUGCUACUCCAAUGAACACACGAAUGAUAAGAAAGCGAAACAGCCUUAUUGCUGAUAUGGAGAAAGUUUUAGUGGUCUGGAUAGAAGAUCAGACCAGCCACAACAUUCCCUUAAGCCAAAGCCUAAUCCAGAACAAGGCCCUAACUCUCUUCAACUCUAUGAAAGCUGAGAGAGGUGUAGAAGCCGCAGAAGAAAAGUUUGAAGCUAGCAGAGGUUGGUUCAUGAGGUUUAAGGAAAGAAGCCGUUUCCACAACAUAAAAGCAAAGGGUGAAGCAGCUAGUGUUGAUGUAGAAGCUGCAGCAAGUUAUCCAGAAGCUUUAGCUAAGAUCAUUGAUGAAGGUGGCUACACUAAACAACAGAUUUUCAAUGUAGAUGAAACAGCCUUCUGUUGGAAGAAGAUGCCAUCUAGGACUUUCAUAGCUAGAGAGGAGAAGUCAGUGCCUGGCUUCAAAGCUUCAAAGGACAGGCUGACUCUCUUGUUAGGGGCUAAUGCAGCUGGUGACUUUAAGUUGAAGCCAAUGCUUGUUUACCAUUCUGAAAAUCCUAGGGCCCUUAAGAAUUAUACUAAAUCUACUCUACCUGUGCUAUAUAAAUGGAACAGCAAAGCCCGGAUGACAGCACAUCUGUUUACAGUGUGGUUUACUGAGUAUUUUAAACCCACUGUUGAGACCUACUGCUCAGAAAAGAAGAUUCCUUUCAAAAUAUUACUGCUCAUUGACAAUGCCCCUAGUCAUCCAAGAGCUCUGAUGGAGAUAUACAAGGAGAUUAAUGUUGUUUUCAUGCCCGCUAACACAACAUCCAUUCUGCAGCCCAUGGAUCAAGGAGUAAUUUCGACCUUCAAGUCUUAUUAUUUGAGAAAUACGUUUCAUAAGGCUCUAGCUGCCAUGGAUAGAGAUGUCUCUGAUGGAUCUGGGCAAAGCAAAUUGAAAACCUUCUGGAAAGGAUUCACCAUUUUAGAUGCCAUUAAAAACAUUCGUGAUUCAUGGGAGGAGGUCAAAAUGUCAACGUUAACAGGGGUUUGGAAGAAGUUGAUUCCCACCCUCAUUGAUGACUAUGAUGGGUUCAAGACUUCAGUGGAGGAAGUAAGUGCAGAUGUGGUGGAAAUAGCAAGAGAACUAGAAUUAGAAGUAGAGCCGAGAGAUGUAACUGAAUUGCUGCAAUCUCAUGAUAAAACUGUAACAGAUAAGGAGCUGUUUCUUAUGGAUACGCAAAGAAAGUGGUUUCUUGAGAUGGAAUCUACACCUGGUGAAGAUGCUGUGAACAUUGUUGAAAUGACAACAAAGGAUUUAGAAUAUUACAUAAACUUAGUUGACAAAGCAGCAGCAGGGUUUGAGAGGAUUGACUCCAAUUUUGAAAGAAGUUCUACUGUGGGCAAAAUGCUAUCAAACAGCAUCGCAUGCUACAGAGAAAUCUUUCAUGAAAGGAAGAGUCAAUUGAUGAGACAAACUUCACUGAUGUCUUAUUUUAAGAAAUUGCCACAGCCACCCCAACCUUCAGCAGCCACCACCCUGACCAGUCAGCAGCCAUCAACCUCGAGGCAAGACCCUCCACCAGCAAAAAGAGUACGACUCACCGAAAGCUCAGAUUGAUCAUUAGCAUUUUUAGCAAUAAAGUAUUUUUAAAUUUAGGUAUGUAUAUUGUUUUAUUAGACAAUGCUAUUGCACUCUUGCUAGUCUACAGUAUAGUGUAAACAUAAAUUUUAUGUGCAUUGGGAAACCAAAAACAUU